CAGUAGUCAGUAAGUAUUUUUCAGCAAAAGCUCAACCAUUAUCCUGCGUUAUUGCACAUAGUCUUGACAUUGCAACAAACACUUCCGGCGGCUCCCAGCAGACGGUGUACGUCAAAGAAACUACUGCUUUUGGUGUGCCGGGCGUUAUGUCGUAUCGCAAAUCCGUAAAUGCUGACUGGUCGUACCGGAGUCGUUCUACAAAUUUGCUGUCAAAACAAAAACAGUGCAAAACAUCAACAUGCACAAAGAGUUCCAGUAACACUCUCGAACGACCACUUUUGACUGGUUGUGACCGUUGUCGCAAUAAGGCUGCCAUACUGAAUUGCGAAGAUUGUCAACGAGCAUUCUGUGCGGUAUGUUUCGGAAAUGCUCAUCUGGACCCAAAGAAAGGCAAACACAAAGUGCAUAAUAUUUAUUCCGAAUCGGGACUUGAAAGCACACGACCACGUCGACCAGCGCAAUCAAAUAGCGCAUGUACAGAGGAGAAGCGAAGCGAAAGGGUGCCGAAGUUAAAGGAGACCGGCGACGAGGAGGCGUUGCAACGGUCACGUGUGACAUUCUGGAAAAAUCCGUUUGGGGAAGCCGGCAGUGCGGCAGCGGCAUGUCAAUCAGACGCUGCCGCGCAUCAGUCUGCGAAAUUCCGGUGUGAACUGCUGGAUACGUCAGUAUCGUCAGUAGUGGAAGAAUCCUGUACGCAAACGGAAUUUAUCCAGAAACCGGCAGCAACGUUUCCUUUGACUAAUGGUAAUUUAAUUAAGCAGGAAGACCGCUGUAGACUGCGGUAUGACAUCAACGGUGAUUUAAGUGGGCUUGAAAGGACCAACAUACGCUUAUCGGAAUACGUUGCUUCGGUGUGCCGGUCGGAACCUGUUCAAGUUGAUGUUCGCUUUGAGUGCCCUCACACCGAGCCCGACAAUUUACGGUCGGGAACCAUUAGCCCAGUAGAACUGGAGCCGAAGGGAAAAGAUAUUGAAAAGACAGCGGAGGUGCACCGGCGCAACAUAUCCCGUCUGCUGAAAUUUGCCGGCCUCAAAGCAGCAGGAACGUUCGACGAGAAAUCGCGCUCGAAAUCCUUAUCCCCGAUCAACGCUCUACCUGGGCCCAUCCUAUCGAAAUCCAGUGAUAAUAAACACUUAACGGCCACUACACCACGCGUCGCAUCUCCCGGUACAUCCCGAACACUGCACACCGGCAACGCAUCCAGGCCAGCGGAAAGUAUGCAAAUCCAUCGACCACUCGGCGUAUCACUGGCGACAAGAAUGCUGGAUAUUGAUCAUUUACCGCGCAUCUGCAUCACCAGCACAUCCAACGUGGAUAGUCUGUAUAAUCCGCGCCGUACACCGAGCCCGGCCGUUUCCGCGCCAUCCUCCAAACCGGCACUGCACAUUUACCCGCGCUCCCGCUCCCCGUCGCCCCUGCGCGCCCCUCCCAGUAGCGGCGCCUGUGCCGUGGAACAUUCCCGUGUGGCGCCGCCGUCGGCCAUCAUGGCCGUGCUGUCCCGCAAUGAACCCAUGAAGAAAUCCCCGAGUCUAUCCUUAACCGGAUAUUCGCUGCGCCCGACGGAAGUCCCGACGGGCAGCCGGCUGCGCUCGGCCUCCUUCGGGCGCGAAGUGACCACCGGCGUCCCGCAUAAAUCCCCGUCGCCGGUGCGCUCCCGGGUCGGCUCCACCGCGUCGGUCAAGAAGACCCUGCCGGUGCCGUAUGCCGCGCCGGCCACGCGCCGCAAAUCCCCGGUGAUCGGCGGCAACCGGCUGAGCAUCAGUCCGGCAUCGCGGCGGCCAUCGUUGACCCCGUCCACCGGGUCGGCGGUGUCGGAGUCCGAGCCGCGCGAUCAUAAUUCCCGGUAUGAGCGGAAUCUAAAGAAGUUCUACUCGUGGUGUCAGCACUGUAAACGGAUACUCCGCGCCCAGCAACAGGAUCCGGUCAAAGGCCUGUUAGGCGGAAGCGGUGCAGGCUCCAAACGCAUUAGUAACAGCAGCGCUGCACGUCGAUUAACCACCGCUACUCCUUCCGUCGCAGCGCACACUAACACAACAACAACACCCGCUACCGCAUCCUCCUCCACCGUGAUUAAAAAAGAGAAGAAAUCCUCCACCUCCGGACUAUUCUCCUUCGACUCCUCCGACCUCCCGCUCAAGGCCACCACCAUGGGGUUACUGCAUCCGCACUGUUGUAAUAAUAAUACUGCGGCGCCGGAGAAGAACAGCGAUGUCCGGCCGAAAUCGGCCACGGUGCCGACAUCGGGCAGCGCCCAGCCGAUUCCCAUUGAGAAGCCGAAAUUUCAGUCGCUGUUUAAUUUCGAUGACGCGCUGAGUCUGACGCCGGACCAGGUGGACACCACGUGGAUGUAUGAUCCGCUGGAUAGUGAUGAUGAUUUCUGCUACACCCUGGACGUGGAGACCAUGUCGGUGUGCAGUGAUACUUCCAUUGUGGCGUCGGCCAUUACCUGUGAUACGAAACUCAAGGACGAUGAUGAGGAAUUCAGCAAAGCACCGCUAAGGAAAUCCUACAGCAGCAAUAAGUGAAUAUGAAUGGGAAUGUUUUCCACACUCUCUCGUGAAUGUCUCUCUCUCCUCCACGUAAUCUGAGCACUACCGGCAUUAACACAGUGUUGUUUGGGAGAUGUGCGGUUGUGUAAUUGGCACAGAUGACUGUUGUUUUCCUUCACAACCGAUUCGCGGCCUUUGAGAUUAGCUUCUUUUUCUGACACUUGACCCCAAAGUUCCUUUGUAUAGAAAUUCGAUUUUUCAAUAUUGAACGCGUUGUGUUCGGCAUUAUGAGCUCGGCAUUAUGAAAUGCAAAUGUGUUGAUAAUAAUUUAUUGUACAUGUUAAAUGUUUCCGUGUUUAAUCG